UGUACCGACUCUUUAUGCAAUUUUUUAAAUCUAAAAUUUCUGCACUUUUGAGCCACCAUAGUUUAAAGCAGAACCACGUUUAUGAGUGUGUGCUUCUUCGUUUUGAAGUAUUAGAAAAAUGCCUGGUAUGAAUGUGGAUCCUUCAGAAAAUUGUUUUAUCAAAAUACAUCGGUUUUCAGAUAAAAUAACGGACACGACAGUUCAUUUUCAAGUCAUUCAAAUGGCAAACAGUUUCCACAUGUGGUUCGGCAGUUCGCCGCGUCUCUCCAACAUGGCGGUUGCAAUGCAAACUAAAUAUGAUACUUCCAUGCCAAAUGGCUGUCAAUUGAUGACUGAUUCAGCAGAUUCUUUGAGCAUACCUUUAGCACAGAAACUUGCCAAGAAAACUGGUAAACAAGUGUUUCUUAGCAGUGAUUUAUCUUCCGACCAUAAGAUGGUACCUCUUAUAGAACAGAGAAUAUUUGAAGAAAUGAAGCUAUAUCCUGAAAAGUUUUAAUUAAUUUCUCCUCAAUCAUGAUAAAUUUACUGCUUCAGUUGCUUUAGCUUCUUUUUUGCACCAAAGCAGUCAACAUUCCAUUCGUCAUUCCAUCACAGAAAAAAAACGAGACAGAACAAUCCAAAAAUACCAAGAACUAAAGUUGCGGCUUGUACCACAUUAAAGGGAAGAGGAUUACAAAACUAUUGCAGGAAUUCUAAUCAAUAAAAAUGCUAAACAUUUUUGCAUGCGUGUGUGUGUGAUUUUUUUUUUCUGUUUAAUAUUAAAUUGAUAAUUUAAUAUUAAAUUACAAAUUUCUAUUAGUUUUUGCAUUCUGUAGUAGAAUUCUGUUUCUGUCUUCAGACAAAAGAUACAAUAAUAAACGUUUGAUAAUUAAGAAUAAAAA